UAUUGAAUACUAAAACCAUACACCGUCCAUUUUGAAUUGAAAUUUCUCGUUUCAUCAUGUUCCCAAACCUACAGAGCUUGUCCGAAGAGGACGAAUAUAAGGAUAACCCGGCACCUUCCGGCCGGCGGCGGUCGUCUGUGGUUCCACCUAGCCUGCAGUUCCUCAUCGAUCAGGACUCUCAGCAAGCUAGUAAAGAGCCCGCUGAGUGGGAAAAGUCAUGGGAUCAAACGACUGAAAACCCGGAGCUUUGUGAUUUCUUGGAUCGAGUCUCCUCUCGAGAUCCAACCGAUCCAGACCGACCAGGUGGGGACAGAGUGGGAAGGGGUUCUUGAGUGAAAAAGAAAUCUCAG